AGACUAGUACUUUUUCCACUAUACUGUGCCUGAUUUCAGUUUUCUUUUCUUUUCUUCCUUUUAAAAUAUUCAGCAUACUCUAUUUACUGAGUUAAAUGUAACAUUUAAUUUUUAAUUUAGUGUUCAAUUUUCCAGCAAAACUCACUUGUCCAGAGUGACACAUCAAAUAGCCAUUAUCAUUUCUGAACAAUUUUUAAAAAUAUCUAGCAGAAAACAAAUUAAGCAUAUUGUAGAAAUGCCAUGUUGUGGGAGAAACAGUUUUUAAAAGUUUUCAAUACAAUGUAAAUUUAUGUCUUCUACAGGAUAGCUUUACUUGGGUUAAGGUAAACACGCUGAGAUAUUCCAUAAUUUUGAUUCCUUUUUUUAAUUGUAAUGUUGAAGGAUAAUGUUUAAUGAUAUAGAACAGGGCUCACAGUUUACUCUUUUUUUAAAUUUUUGAGUAUUUAUUACCUUUGCUUUCAAUAUAAUUUAUUAAUUGCAAGUUUAUAUAGUUUACUUUUUAGUAAUGGCUGUGUUUAGCAACUGGCUCAUAAAAUUUCUGGUCCUGCCCAUUCAGGCCUUCCCAGACAGGGCUGUUCAUGUCAAAAUUCUUGGAGGCUUAUAGUUGAAGCCCUUGUUGUGGGAGCUUUUACAAUAUAUUCUUUAGUGAAAAAUUUGUAAAACGGAAAAUAUAGUAUGAUUUCAUUUUGCUAAGUAAAAUAGCUAUGAGCACAAGAAAAGGCUUGAAAAGAUAUACAUUAAAAUGUUAACUGACAUUAUUUCUGAGAAGUGAGUAAAAGAAAAUCUAUAUUGAAGAGUCUAAAAGGCUGUAUCCUCUACUUUGAAAUAUACUCUCUGUUAAAAAAAAAAAAAAAAAAAACGCUUAAAAUGAUACUACAGUUUACAGAAAGGAUUGUGCUUAUUGCAAUGAAAAUACUUUUCCAGGGUUGUAAUCAGUCAUUGCAUUUGGUGUACCCAAGAAUCAUUGUAUUUGGACACUUCAAAGACAGUGAAUUCUUUAAAGGAAGGGACUCUGGCUUAUUAAACUUUGAAUCAGCAACAUCAAGCACAACACCUGGCACGUGGUACUCAAGAAAUGUUUGCUGAGAAGUAAACAUGUGCUUCUUAUUAUAUUUUUGUUGCUCCUGUUCUUCAAACCUGGAAAACAAAGCCAUAGAAAUGCAGUCUUGAUAGCAGAGGAAAUACAGGAUUUAGGAAGGAAAAGAACUAUACUACUGUGGACUUCUGUUACAGUAAUCUUUCUGAUAAACUUUUCAUUCUUCCAAGCAUAGUAAUCAAAAUGCACUAUUCAAUAAAUAUCCAUUGGGUACCUUCUAUGCACUGUAAAUUAUCUUUUAUCUUCUUUUUAUUAGGGUUUUGGAGAGGGUAAAGAGUUCAGGCUUGAAAGGCAUUCCAGGCAGAGGGAACACAUGCCACGUUUCAAAAAUUAGAUGACAAAUCAUCGUUGAUGGCAGUUUUUUUAAAAAGGAGAAACAUGAACCAGAAGAUACUAAAGUUGGAGAACCUUCUACGAUUCCACACUCUUUGUAGACAGCUGCACAGCCUGGGUCAAAGAAGAACAUUAGCACACUGGAGGCAUGUGUUUUCAUCUCCUUACCCAGUGUGGACAGCUCAGUUGUAUAUCCAGCCCUCGCAAACAGAUACACUCAUCAGGACUGCUUUUUCUCAAUAUAGACUUCUAGUAACAAAGAAGGAAGAAAGACCACGGAAAUCUCAGGUAUCUGUGACAAAAUCUAGAAAGGAGGUGGAGGUAUGGAUUGGAAUGACAGUUGAGGAGCUGGCCAGAGCAAUGGAAAAAGACAUAGAUUAUGUAUAUGAAGCUUUAUUGAACACUGCUAUUGACAUAGAUUCACUAGAAGCAAACUCAUGUUUAGAUGAUGUCUGGAUCAGAGAAGUAGUAAAGAAGGCAGGGAUGAAGUUAAAAUGGAGCAAAUUAAAACAGGACAAAAUCAAAGAAAAUAAAGAUGCUGUAAGAAGGCCCCAUGCAGAUCCAGCUUUAUUAACCCCAAGGUCCCCAGUUGUUACUAUAAUGGGCCAUGUUGAUCAUGGGAAAACGACAUUACUUGACAAACUGCGAAAGACUCAAGUGGCAGCAAUGGAAGCUGGAGGCAUCACUCAGCACAUUGGUGCCUUUCUUGUCUCUCUGCCUUCUGGAGAAAAGAUAACCUUUCUUGAUACUCCAGGCCAUGCUGCCUUCUCAGCAAUGAGAGCCAGAGGUGCUCAGGUCACUGACAUUGUCAUAUUGGUUGUAGCAGCAGAUGAUGGAGUGAUGAAACAAACUGUGGAAUCAAUUCAGCAUGCCAAAGAUGCUCAAGUUCCUAUUGUCCUUGCCAUAAACAAAUGUGACAAAGCUGAGGCUGAUCCUGAGAAAGUGAAAAAAGAGCUGCUGGCCUAUAAUGUGGUGUGUGAGGAUUAUGGAGGUGAUGUUCAAGCAGUGCAUGUCUCUGCACUUACGGGCGAUAAUCUGAUGGCUUUGGCAGAGGCAACAAUUGCUCUAGCAGAAAUGUUAGAAUUGAAAGCUGAUCCCACUGGUCCAGUGGAAGGAACAGUGAUUGAGUCUUUCACAGACAAAGGAAAAGGUCCUGUUACUACAGCUAUAAUUCAAAGAGGAACUUUAAGAAAAGGCUCAGUUUUGGUUGCUGGAAAGAGCUGGGCAAAAGUACGCUUAAUGUUUGAUGAAAAUGGAAAAACAGUCAAUGAGGCCUGUCCCAGCAUGCCAGUGGGUAUUAUAGGCUGGAGAGACCUUCCUUCUGCUGGAGAUGAAAUUCUUGAAGUAGAAUCUGAGCCAAGGGCACGUGAAGUUGUUAACUGGAGGAAGUACGAACAAGAACAGGAGAAAAACAAAGACGAUCUGAAAAUAAUAGAAGAAAAACGAAGGGAGCACCAAGAAGCACAUUGGAAAGCCCGUGAGAAGUAUGGCAGUUUACACUGGAGGAAGAGAUCAUUUAAAAAGUACCAAGAAAAAAAAGGACAGAAUCUUUUAAAGCCAAAAGAGAAAACAGAAAGAGAUUCAAAUGUACUUCCUAUAAUUAUUAAAGGAGAUGUUGAUGGUUCUGUUGAAGCCAUUUUGAACAUUAUGGAUACCUAUGAUGCUUCACAUGAGUGUGAACUAGAAUUAGUACAUUUUGGAGUGGGUGACAUUAGUGAAAAUGAUGUUGACCUUGCUGAAACAUUUGGUGGUGUUAUAUAUGGCUUCAAUGUGAAUGUAGGCAAUGUUCUCCAAAAGUCAGCUGCAAAAAAAGGAGUAAAAAUUAAACUUCAUAAAAUCAUUUACCGACUUAUUGAAGAUUUGCAGGAAGAACUGAGCAGCAGACUGCCCAGCAUUGUGGAAGAACACCCAAUAGGUAAGGCUUCUGUACUAGCUACCUUCUCUGUGACAGAAGGGAAGAAAAAAGUUCCUGUGGCAGGCUGCAGAGUCCAAAAGGGACAGUUAGAAAGAAAACAGAAAUUUAAAUUAAUCCGUAAUGGACAAGUUAUUUGGAAGGGUUCAUUAACCUCUCUGAAACACCAUAAAGAUGAUGUUUCAAUCAUCAAAACUGGUAUGGAUUGUGGUCUCAGUUUGGAUGAACAAAAGAUAGAAUGUCAAGUGGGAGAUGAAAUUGUUUGUUAUGAAGAAAAGGAAGUUCUAGCCAAGACUUCUUGGGAUCCAGGAUUUUAAAAUUACAUUAAAAAAUCAAAAUGA